AGACAUUCUCGGCUCAACAGAUGUGGACGUUCCAGCUGUCUGUCUGUCUGUGGAUCACAAUGCUCUCCCGCUUUUGAUUGACCAUUUUAUCUGGAGCGCUAACCUCAUCAAAGCUUUCUGGAGGACUUGAUUUAUUUUGUUUUUUUUCCCCACCUCUUUGUUGCUUUUGCCUCACUAACAUUCCAAACUGGAGACGCACUCGGACUCCGACUGCUGGGAUCAGCUGAUCCAGCUCCAUCUGUCUGGUUCUGGGGACUGGGCGCCCUGUGAUGACAGCCAGAAGUUGGAAAUCCCGCGGGAGGAGAUGGAGGUGGUCAAGGGCCAGAUGGUGGUGCUGCAAGCCUGGUACAGCCCCAGCUCGGACAUUUCCAAAAACACCGUUGUUUGGCAGUUCUUAACCGGGCACAAGCCCAAGCAGGUGAUCAACUUCAGCUCGGGGGAGGUGGGCCACGGUCAGAACAACUUCAGCAAGCGGGUGGGCUUCAGCGCCGCCAUGCCCUCCGCCAACCUCUCCAUCUUCAUCAACAACACGCAGGAGUCUGACUCGGGCAUCUACUUGUGCAGCGUCGUCAUACCCGGGCGCAGCAGCCCUGCCGGACAGAUGCGCCUUAAUGUCAAAGUUCCACCAUCUCCUCCAGUGUGCACGAUGUCGGGCGAACCCGUCGUCGAGGGCAACGUGACUCUGAGCUGCAAGUCCGCUCACGGCAAGCCCGUCCCUCAGUACAAGUGGACCAAGACCGCCCCCAUGCAGGAGGUCUUCUUCUCGCCCAUGCAGAAAUGGAGGCCAUGCCCUCAGCCCAUACUGGUCCUGGGGUUUAUGGACGAGAGACAAGGCACCCUGCGGCUGAGCAACCUGACCAAAAGCAUGUCGGGGAAGUACAUCUGCCGAGCCAGCAACACAGCCGGCUCAGACAGCUGCUCCAUUAACCUGGAGGUUAUCACCUCUUCCAACGCGAGCAUGAUAGCAGUGGCCACGCUGGGCUCCAUGGUGGGAUUAGUCGCCUUGGUGCUCUUCCUCAUAUUCGUCCUGAGGAGAAAGCGAGACACUGAGGAGGAGACGGCCAAUGAGAUCAAGGAGGACGCUCAAGCUCCAAAGCGAGUGUCGUGGGCGAAGAGCAACACAGGCUCAGACAUCGUGUCCAAAAACGGCACGCUGUCAUCCAUCGCCACCAGCCCUCGGCCCGGAGACCACCACUGCCAGCCUGCCUUCCACUACCCCUACUCGCCCUCGUCCACCACCGACACGCGCUCCGUCAUUAACGCCUACCAGCUGCGCCCGGGUGAGGCCAACACCCUGCGUGGCCUGCCAGGUUACAAUGCGGGCGGCACACCGUCGCGCAAACACAAGCGGCCUCCAGUCGCCAACGGGGGCCCGCCCCAGGUGGUCCGCUUGCCCCCCGUCAGGACCGAGGGGGCUCAGCCUCAGACACCGCCCGCCUUCACGGCAUCCCCACGGGCCAGCUCGUCGUCCACGCUGACCCGGGCGGGCACGGUGACCGUCAUGGUGCCUGCGCAGAGCCAAGCGGGCUCCUUGGUAUAGCCUGGGACUGGAUACGAGGGAGGGGGUGGGGCUCUAACGGUUCUCUGCCUUGUACUUGGACUUUUCUGUGACCUCCUGCAAGGACCUUCUGUUUGUUCACACCACUGACUCGGAACAUUUUUGAUUUUCAGUGAGAAGGUUUCUAGUUUUCUGAAUAACAAACUGCUUAGUGUAUGUAGUUUUCAGGCACAUUUCUUGAUAACGUCUCUCAGGCUUAAAAAAAAAGAGCUCCAAUUAAGAGCAAAGUAAAAAAAAAAAAAUUUUAAAAGUACAUGACAAUUCAGGUUUUUAUAUGGAAUUGAACAGUUAUGAGCGGCACUGCUUAGCACAGCUGCCUCACAGUUCUGAGGACCUGGGUUCAAACCUGGCCUCGCCUGUGUGGAGUGGGCAUGUUCUCCCCAUACCUACGUGGGUUUAAAUAAAAUAUAUAUACACCAAUGGGUGACUGGUUAGCACAUCUGCCUCACAGUUCUGAGGACCCGGAUUCAAAUCGGAGUUUGCAUGUUCUCUCCGUGCCUGGGUGGUUUUUCUCCGGGUACUCCGGUUUCCUCCCACAUUCCAAAAACAUGAAUGGUAGGUUGAUUGAAGACUCAAAAUUGCCCGUAGGUGUGAAUGUGAGUGCAAAUGGUUGUUUGUUUAUAUGUGCCCCGUGACUGGCUGGCGACCAGUUCAGAGUGUACCCCGCCUCUCGCCCGAAGAUUGCUAGGAUAGGCUCCAGCACACCCGCGACCCGAGUGAGGAUAAGCGGUUCGGAAAAUGGAUGGGUGGAUGAACGGUUACAGAGCAUUGGAUGUGUUGCCUGUGAUGGUAGGCGGAAUGUAAGCAAAAAGAAAAAUUGUAAAAAAAAUAGUUGAUGGUGUUGAACUGUUUUUGGUGAUUGAGUUAAUGUUCGAGGGCCAAGAGACAUCCCAUAAUAUGCCCCGCUUUUUGCUGGUUGUGUAGUGGAAUUUAUAUACUACUGAAAAACGAUAUCUACAUAUGGUGUUAUUUACAAAUUUUGAGCAGCUACAUGUAGCAUUUCAAAUACAAUUUGGAUGGUUAGCAGUUGUUUUCCAAUAAAUAAGAAAAAACGUGUAA